AUGUAUCGCAAUCGCAUUCAAACUUCUAGAUCGUCCAAAACCGCUCCGCAUAUCGCCUCUUCGUUACAAACCCCAAAACUCAAAGAUUCUUGCGACAAAUGCUCUGCCUCGAAAGUACGUUGUACAAGGGAGAAACCCUUCUGUUCCCGCUGCGACAAGCUCGGAUACACAUGCUUUUACAGCCCAGCAAGACGGGCUGGCCGCCCCUACCGGUCAAAAGAACAGACCUCAGAGGGAAGGAAUAGCGAAGAAUCAAACCGACUCUCUGCGAGAGAUAUAACAACAACCCAGUUUGUAGACGAGAGCGCGAAACUAUACUCCCGCUUCAAUGGCUCCUCCACACCUGCCAACGUGACAUCCAAUAUCUCAAUGUCAAAUUCCACUCCGUCUAAUAAUAAAGCGGCACAGGCAGACUCCAGUACCACAAAGAGCCACGACGUCUCCGAUCCGGAUUGUCUGCUAGUUGUUCUAGAAAUAUUCUCCGAACUAGAAGUGUCAGCGGAGCAAUUGAGACGAGCAUUACCCGUCGACACAAGCCUUCUCAGCGCAACUGCACAAACUAUCACAGCAGCCUUUCAUCGCCUUUCUACAAUUUUGAUCUGUCCUUGCUCACAGCGAGCGGAGGUGGGAAUGCUCGUUUCGGCGAUCUGCAUGUCCAUCAUCGAUAUACAUGCCAUGGCAAUUUCGAACUUUGCGAAAGACCAACCUCCAACUGUGUUACCCAGUCAACCGACGCCAUGGGGGAUUCCUGGUGUCGGGCUUAAUACAUCCCCUGGGCAUGACAAUACGGCUAUGCAAGUCUUUGCAGAGCUUUCGGAGAUGGCCAGGCUCAUUUUACAGCUUACUGCGCGCUACAACGAAGGGGGUGGGGCUUCAAUUCGGGAAGGUCCAAGAAAUGAAUCGGAGCUGCCGACGGACAUUAUGCCAGGAAUGGCUACUUUUUUACGCGAGAGGUUGCAGCAAAUCACGAAUGCCGCUACUAAUUGGCUUGGAUAG